UUCUACUUUGUAUAUGUAUUAAUUCUACAUUGAAUAUGGUGGAACCCACUUGCCAACUAUAUGAAUGACAAUAGAUUGAGCCCAAUGCACUGUACUGGUAUAGCGCAGCAUAAUCAAUGGCUUCAGCAUCUUACAGCUCUCUGUUUUUUCUUCUGUACAGUUCUCUGUUUAUUCUUCUGUACACAGUUGUUUUUCUUUGCCCCGAAGCAGCUGCACUGUCAAAAACCCUGGACGUACAAAUGCUAAUGGCGGUGAAGUCCAAAUGGCAAAAUACUCCACCAACAUGGGAGGGCUCUGAUCCCUGUUCCAGCCAAUGGAACGGCCUUGUCUGCACUGCUUCAAGAAUAACUUCACUGACAUUAUCUAGCAUGAACCUUUCAGGAACACUUGCUACAGAAAUUGGGUUUCUUAACGGCUUGCAAUCUCUAGAUUUGUCUUACAAUAAAGAACUGAUUGGACCCAUCCCAAGCACCCUGGGAAAUUUGAUCAACCUUGAGAGCUUGGUUUUGAUAGGCUGUGGCUUUACCGGACAUAUUCCACACGAAUUAGGCAACCUGCAAAAGCUCACUUUUCUGGACUUGAGUUCAAACAAUUUUAGUGGCCCCAUACCACCAUCUGUGGGUAAUCUGACAAAACUUCGCUUGCUUGACCUGGCCAAAAAUCAACUGUCUGGAUCCCUUCCAGUAUCAAGCUUAAAUGGGUCGGGGCUAGACAGGCUAAUUAACGCUCAACACUUCCACUUGAAUUCAAACGGACUGAGUGGAUCCAUUCCUGCGGAUAUUUUCCACUCAGAUAUGCAACUGAUCCACGUACUGUUUGACAGCAAUGCUUUAGUGGGAGAGAUUCCAUUGACUUUCGGGCAUGUACCAACCUUGGAAGUUAUAAGGCUCGAUGGGAACUUUUUAGAAGGUCCUAUACCGUCGAACAUUGGCAAACUGAAAAAUGUUAAUGAACUGCAUCUAUCGAAUAAUAACCUGAGUGGUACCAUACCUGAUUUGUCAGGAAUGAACAGACUGCAGUACAUAGACCUGAGUAAUAAUUCGUUUGAGGCUUCCGAAGCUUUGGAAUGGUUUGGAUCCCUGGAACAAUUGACGACUCUAAUAUUAGAAAAUGGAAGCCUGAUAGGCCCGGUGCCAUCUAAACUUUUCUGCUUGCCCCAGCUUGAGACUGUCAGGAGGCUACGAAACAACGAUCUCAACGGAACUCUAAAAGUCGACACAAAGGGAAGUUCCCAACUACAACUGAUAGACCUUGAGAACAAUCUCAUCACUGGCCUGUCUGUUACUGGAGAAACCUAUACCAACUUGAUGUUGAGUGGUAAUCCUGCUUGUGAUAAAAACUCAGAGCUUGUUAACAGUAAAGCUUGUCAAGCUGAAACCACAGAAUUUUUCUAUGCAGCUGGUUCCAAAACAUGUGGGGACAAAACAUGCAGUAGAGAUUUCAGUGCAAAUCCCGAUAUCUGUGGGGACAAAACAUGUAGGGAAGAUUUCAGAGUAAACCCUGAGACCUGUGAAUGUGCAGUUCCUUACGAAGGCAAACUUGAAUUCAGAGCUCCCUCUUUUUCUGAUUUGAGCAAUGUCUCAAGGGUGGAGAAAUUGAAGAAUUCGCUGUGCACACAAUUGAAUUUUUCAGAAGGAGCAGUAUCAAUCUGCUGCAUGUCCUUUGAUUCACAUUAUUAUCUUAACAUAGGAGUGCAACUUUUCCCCUUCGGAAACAAACCUUUUUUUGAAAGAGCUGAAAUCAUAAGAAUUGGUUUCGCUCUGAGCAACAAAAUUUACAACCCUCCUGAUGAAUUCGGCACCUUCUCUUUCACAGCAAUUUCCUACUACUUCACCGAUCCUAGAGAAUCAAAAGGAUUAAGCUCUGAAGCAAAGUUUGGUAUAUCAAGCGUUGCAGCUGUCUUGGCUCUUGUCAUUGCAGGUGUGGGAGGUUAUGCAUUCAGGCAAAAAUGGAGGGCUGAGAAAGCAAUUAAACUGAGCAAACCCUUUGCUUCUUGGAGGGGGGAUAGUCCAGAGAGCAAACGCCCUCCCAAAGUAGAUGGUGUUAGAUGCUUUUCAUUUAGAGAGCUCAACAGAUGCACCAACUAUUUCUCUGAGGAUCACAAAAUUGGUUCAGGUGGCUAUGGCAUGGUGUACAGAGGGACACUCAAUGAUGUGAGCCAAGUGGUGGCCAUAAAAAGAGCCAAGAAAGGAUCUCUGCAAGUGCAGGGUGCAGCAGAAUUUAAAAAUGAAAUUGAAGUGCUCUCACGCAUUCACCAUAAGAAUCUGGUUAAGCUGACUGGUUUUUGCUUUGGGGAUGGAGAGCAGAUGCUUGUCUAUGAAUACAUGCCUAAUGGAUCUCUUGCCGAUUAUCUUUCUGAAAAGAGUGGAAAGCAGCUGGAUUGGAGGAAAAGGAUAGUGAUCGCUCUAGGGGCGGCGAGGGGAUUAACAUAUCUCCAUGAGUAUGCAAACCCCCCCAUAAUCCACAGAGAUGUGAAGUCCAGCAACAUCCUACUCGAUGAAAAUUUCAAUGCCAAGGUCUCUGAUUUUGGCCUCUCCAAACUCUCUGUCUACGGGAAAGAGAUUGGUCAUAUGACAGUCAGUGCUAAAGGAACACCUGGGUACAUGGAUCCAGAGUUCUUCACAACAUAUGAGUUGAGCGAGAAGAGUGAUGUUUACAGUUUUGGUGUUGUAUUAUUAGAAAUCAUAACGGCAAAGGGAGUGUUUGAAGAUGGGCAACAUAUUGUGCAGACAGUGAAGAAGAAGUUGGAGGAGAAAGGGCAAAUGAGGGAGGUGAUGGAUCCCUUUCUUAGAGGCGAAAGUUGUAUGGGGUUUGAAAGCUUUCUGAACAUGGCUAUGCGUUGCGUGGAGGAAUCGGCGGCGAGAAGACCUGUUAUGAGCGAUGUUGUCAGAGAUUUGGAGUCCAUCUUAACCGCACUUCAUUAAUUUCUCGAGGAAAGUCUGCAAGUCCCUGUUCCGUUGAAACCAUUCACUUGAAUUAACCUUAGAGAUAUGAAUAUGACUCUUAGUUUCUUGCACUCUACUCCUCUAUAUUUUACCUGUUUACAAAAGAUGUUAACGUAAAAAUUCAGUUAGAGAAGUUGUAAACUUAAAAAUUCUGUUAACUACUAGCUUGGAUUGUGAAUUUUUAAGGCUUUUCAUAAUUACUUGGCACCCAGGCAAACCCUUUACAACCAAAGCUUGUGUCAUUUUAAAAAAUAUGUUAAAUAUUAUAGCAUUUUAAUAUUAUUUUAAUUUGUGUA